AUGCCUCGCCAGCAGACCCAGCAGCGCGCCCCGGAAGAUCGGUCUGCGCAGAAAGCACCGAAGCACAAGUCUCAGCAAACCAAGAGCAGACGAGGUCUCGAUGCUCUCUCUAUCGCAGAGAAACAAAUUCCGAAGAAACUUGGCGUGCGUCGUAACCGUCUAGGUUUUUACGACGACGGAACCAACUACAAAAAGCACUCGCGCCGCGAUGAGGACGACGACGAAGAGGAAGAAGAGCAACCAGUCUGGAAACGCCGCCGAACCGAUGGUGACGACCUUGGCAGCGUCGACGGUGGAAGCGAUAGUGACGGUCACGAAUGGAAGCUCGGACAAGUGGAUAGCGACGACGACGAGGAGCUAGACAGUGACGAAGCUCUAGGAGAAAGCGACGAGGAGCGAUUUGAAGGCUUUACAUUCCGCGGAAGCUCUACGACUAAAUCCAAGCCGAAAUCGAAGAAAGCCGUCAAGCAAAAGAAGAUCACCUUAUCCGAGUCCGAAGAUGAGUCUGAAGAAGCCGACGAAGAAGAGGAUGAAGAUGACGACGACCUUGGAGAGGACGCUGUGGACCUUCUUACUGCUUGGGACAUGAAUGCGGCAGAGGAAGAAGAAGAUGCCAAAAGGGCUGCCGCUAAAGCCAAGAAGGCUGCUGCAGGCGAUGAUAGCGAGCAGGAUUCUGGCUCCGAAGGGGACAGUGAAGAGGCAGACAGCGAAGACAGUGAUGACGACUCCGAUCUCUCGAUUUCGGAUGACGAUGAUGCUAAGGAGGACGGAUUGGCCAAGCUACAGGAUUUUGUCAAUUCGAUGCAGACCAACAAGACAACUAAAAAAUCUGGUCAAAAGUCACAAGAGCAGGGCAAGCCGUCAGAGUACGGCUUAACAUCCUCUCACAAAUUGACCGUUGCCGACCUCUUGCCUUCAAUUACGGACUCGCGCCUGAAAAGCUCUCUCAAGCACGUUGACGCUACUGCUCAAGCAUCGAAAUCGGGCAUCCCAGGCAAGCUUGAUGCUCCUCUGGCAAAGCGCCAGCAAGACAAGAUUGAUCGAGCUGCAGCCUACGAGAAGAGUAAGGAAACUUUGGAUCGUUGGCUUGAGACAGUCAAGAACAACCGCCGCGCCGAGCAUCUCGUUUUCCCUCUCCCUGAUCCCGACAAUGAACAGGUCCACCGCAUGGAUGUGGCUAAGCCAGUCAACAAUCUAGAAAGCACCAUUCAGAAUAUUCUGGUGGAGAGCGGACUAGCCGAGACCAACGGCAAAUCUGCCGAAGAAGAGAUCCAGGGUUUCGAGGAAUUACAAGGUCGUACACUCCCUAUCGAGGAGAUCCAAGCCCGACGAGCGGAGCUACGCAAGCGUCGUGAUCUGCUUUUCCGGGAGGAAGUGCGCGCCAAACGCAUCAAGAAAAUCAAAAGCAAGUCCUACCGCCGUGUCCACCGCAAGGAGCGCGAAAAGCUCGAGCAGCAGGAACGCCAGGCACUUUUGGAAGCUGGCGUGGAUCUGGAUGAGCAGGAGCGUGGUGAGAACGAGCGCAAGAGGGCCGAGGCUCGUAUGGGCUCGAAGCACCGCGAGAGCAAAUGGGCCAAGAGUCUGAAGCAGACCGGCCGUACUGCCUGGGACGAGGAUGCUCGCAACAAUGCGAACGAUCUGGCCUUGCGGGAAGAUGAGUUGCGGAAGCGUAUUGAAGGCAAGAGUGUGUCUCGCGGUGAUGACGACUACCUCGGCUCUUCCAGCUCAGAGUCAGAGGAGGAGGACCCCUGGGCUGAGGAUGCUUCCGAUAACGAGAAGCGUAAGAUGCAGAAAAAGCUCAGUGCUCUGGAAAACGACCAGGUUGAGGACGGCGACAAGGGGCCCCACUCAGGUCUUUUUCGCCAUGAAAAUGCCGAUGCCGCUCGCAAGGAGGAAAAUGAUGCUGAGCUCCGUCGCAUCCACCGAGAGUUGCACGGCGAGGAAUCUCAGUCUGAAGCCGAAUCCGAAGUCGGUCGACGCAAGUUCGGCCAGUCCAAGAAGGCCGAAACCAAGACUAAAUCUAAGGUUUUACCAAAGAACGAGUUCGAGGAAGCUGCCGAUUCAGAUGCUGAGCCCACUUCGGAUGUUGAGAUCGUGGUCGACCGCUCUACGAAGCAAAAAUCUGGCUCCUCCGGGCCGAAGACCGCCUCUCGAUCGACCACCAAGCCAGUUGCUGUGCAGGAGUCUCCUUCAGAGGUAGAGAACCCAUGGCUGGUGCAAACAGGGCGCACCAAUCGCCAACGAACAGCUGCAGAUGCUUCGGAGGACAUUGACAUCUCACUCAACGACCCGCAACCUCAAGCCGCACAGGCCAGCAUUUCCUCCAAGAAGAACAAAGCUACCAAGGCACCAGCUAAGCAGGUUACGCAUCAAAACGAAAGUGACGACGAGGACAACGUCCCCGUUUUGCUGAAGAAUCACGACCUGGUGCAGCGAGCUUUCGCCGGUGACGACGUCGUGCAAGACUUCGAGCAAGAGAAACUAGACACCAUCGAAGACGAAGGUGACAAAGUUGUCGACGAGACACUUGCCGGAUGGGGCAGCUGGGCCGGUGACGGUAUCAGCAAGAGACAGCAGAAGAAGCAAAAGCGCGUCUUGACCAAGGUGGAGGGAGUGAAGCCCGAGCAGCGCAAGGAUGCUAAGCUUUCUCGAGUAAUUAUCAACGAGAAGCGAGUCAAGAAGAAUGCCAAGUACAUGGCCAGCCAACUUCCUCAUGAGUUUGAGAACAAGACCCAGUACGAGCGCUCUUUGCGCAUGCCGCUGGGUCCGGAGUGGUCGACCAAGGAGACAUUCCAGAGCGGCACCAAGCCUCGCGUUAUGGUCAAGCAGGGCAUCAUCAAGCCUAUGGAGAAGCCCAUGUACUAA